AUGUCUUCCAAUAUUGUGGUUCUGUUUCUGUUGUUCGUCACUGUUGCUGCCAACAUUAAUUUCGAACAGAUAAAACAACUAGCAAACUUCUGCAAGCAGGAGUGUCAAGAACAACUCGAGAAAGGAGACUUUGGUGUUUAUUCCGCGUGCAUCAAGAAUUGCACCAGCAAUUCUCUUCUGCAGUUUGUUAAGAUACCGGCUCCAGAUUACUCUCGUCCUGAUCCUGACUUGGCCUGA